AUGAAUCGACAGUUUCCGUUCCCCAAGUCGGAAUGGCGAAGUAUCCUUCGCAGCCUUCUCCGUGAAUCAUCCUACCUCCCCGACCCCAUUGCCCGGGUCGUAUGGCGCGACCAAAUCCUCCAACGAUUCCGCCGAUACCAUGAAGAACCGCGAACACGGAUACGGACCGAUUAUAUGCGUCUGAUGCAACUGCACAAAAAAGCGCGGUAUAACCUUUCCCUUCUCCAGCGCGCAAAUGAAGGGUUCUCGCACCCACUCGAGAAAGUCUUACAAUCCGCAUACGGACGGCGUGGAAGGCGCAGGAGGGAAUUGCUCGCCAAUAUGCUUGCCCUUGAUACCCCGCAGGAUUCUAACUGUCUCGAGGCCCUCGUAACGAACCCCCGCCAGUUUGAGGACGGUUGGAUGCCGCCGGCGAUCAUCACCGCUCUCCUAGCCGCACAGAAUGCUAAUGCGGCGGCUCUACGACUAAGAAGCAAGCCUCAUGUCAAGCACCUCAACCCGCCGAUUCCAGAGACGAAUGCAUGGGGAAGAAAGGUGCCUCUAGUACGGCGGAGGAAUAUCCGGCGGGAAUGGUAUAGCAAGGUGCUUGGCUACCUCCUUCCACCUCUACCGGACACGGAACUACAAGUACUGGAAGGCUUAAUAUCGGGCGAAAUCCCUUGGAACCCACCGAAGCGCAGAUCGAAACGUCCGGGCAACACUGAACAGCCUAAUUGCGUGAUGAUCCGAACGGUUUUGACGGCUGGACCGCCAAAGGGAGAAACGUUCAGGCCAUAUACUCAUGGACGGCCGCACAACAUCACACGGCGGUUCAUGCAGAGACUCUGGAAGCGGAUAUCAUGUAUCGUCCCGAGGCCCUCUUCGGAUGGUCCGGCUGGCAAACUUCGAUUUACAUGGGAUGUUAUGAAAUCUCGACCGGCGCUUGCUCUACAUGUAAAAGAGGGACGGUCACAGAAACUCUUUGGCGACGGUGGUGGUUGA